AUUUUGAAAAAUAUCACAGCAGCAGCAGCAGCAGCAGCAGGUUAAAGAGCAGCGGUAUUAAACGCUAAUCGGUGUUUAAUGUCAGUUAGCGUUGUCAGCGAUGAGCGAGCUGUUAGUGUGUGAUCAGUAGUCUGUCGUGUUGUUGGUGGCGGUGUUGUUAGCCAGGUGUGUGUGUGUGUGUGAGUGUGUGUGUGUGUGAGUGUGUGUGUGUGUGUAGGUGAUGAGGGUCAGUGAGUUUGAUUCCUCUGAUGAAGAGGAUGGAGGUGAUGAAGAGUCCUACACUCCUCUACAGAUCUCCUGGUUGUCCUUGUCGGUGGUCGACUGCUCACAGUUCCUCGGGAUUUGCCCUUUACCAGGAUGCAGAUAUAAAGACAUCAGGAGAAACCUGGAGAAAGACGUAGGCGAGCUGUGUGCGCAGGGUGUACAGGACGUGUUUGUGCUGUGUGAGAGGGCGGAGCUUGUGCGUUACAGAGUGCCGUGUUUGUUAGAGUGUUACGCUCGGCGCGGACUCCGCGUGCACCACCUGCCCUUCCCUGACGGCGGCGCUCCUGAGCUGCACCACUGCACUCGCAUCCUGGACGAGCUGCAGCGCUGCUUACACGCCCAGCGCCGCACCGUCAUCCAUUGUUACGGGGGUUUGGGUCGCUCAGGACUCAUCGCUGCGUGUUUGUUGCUGCAGCUCUCUGUUUCCAUGACGCCCGCUAAAGCCAUCGAGAUCCUGAGAGAGCUGAGAGGGGGUGGAGCCAUUCAGACUGUCAAACAAUACAACUUCCUGCACGAGUUUCGGGAGAAGUUCGCCGCUUACCAGGAAACCAAAGAGUCCAGAGCCUCCGAGAGAUCCGUCUCCAGAUAGCCCCGCCCCCAAAUCCUCCAUCUUUAAUCAUCGUUUAAUGAGGAAGUGAUGAGUCUGAUCUCGAGCUGCGCUGAUAUUAAACUUUCACAUCACGGGAUUGAUUUUUUUUCUUUCUAUGAACGUGUGACGCAGACGUGCAGGCGUCUGUUCUGGUCUCCUGCAGCGGAACACGGGGUGCCAAUACUUUUAACCGCAGCGUGCGGUGGUGAUGGAUCAUGAAUCAGCUCCAGUCCGAGUUUAAAGUUUAAUUUAAUUCCUGCUGUGUGGAGUUUUUACGCUUACACGCUUUUAACAGAGAGAUUUAUACACGUGUGGAUUCAGUCGCUGUAACGCUUUCCUGAUUUCUGCUGUAUUUGGGUUUGGUGUUUAUGAUUAAUAUUUUAUUAAUUAAUAAUUAUUAAUGAGCACUUUUUUACGCUUUGUGAUUGGAUAAAUAAAAAUGCUGAUCGAA